AUGAUACUUUCGGACUCACAAUCAGCAAUAAACACAAUUGGAAACAGAGAGCCACCCAAAACAACUGAGAUAAAGGAAUGUAGAAAACUCUAUGAGCUGCUGAGAGAGAAAAACAAAACAGUGGUCCUACAAUGGAUUCCUGGUCACUGUGGCAUUAAAGGCAAUGAACUUGCUGACACACUUGCUAAGAAGGGGACAACGAUUUUGCAAUGCAUGGACCGACCGAUGUCUUCCCACACAAUGAAGGUCUUAAUCAGGAGAGAAUUCCAUACCUCAAGGUGCAACGAAAUUAAAGCUCGAACAGAGGAGAAACAGUGGACAGUGGCACUCUCCGACAUACCCGACUGGCCAAGAAUCGAAGCCGUUGAUGAAUUUAGACUACGUACCGGACACGAUUGCUUGGCAAAACACCUUCACAGAUUGGGAGUAUACGCUCAACCCACAUGCCCUCUGUGUAACCUACAGGAGGAAAUGGAGAAGACCCACCUGAUUCGAUGUCCAGCCCUUAAGACAACGACUGAAACCCAGAGAUACUUGGAAGCAAGAAGACAGCUAAUGAAUUGCAAUUAA